AUAAGCUUUAGAACAGUUUUAUUAAAAUUACUGAUCAUUGCAAAAAGUGUAAGAACUAAGAACAAGCCGUGGAAAACUUUCACAAUAUAUACGAUGUAAUUGUCAUUUGCGUGAUAUAAGUUCGCAACCACAUUUGUGGGAUAGUGUAAAACCAUGGACAUUGUAGAACCUACCGCAGUGUAAAGUUUAUACAAUUUCAAAUAAUUCCAACAAAUACUACAACAGUUCGAUUUGCAUUUAAUGCUGGAUCUUUAUGAAACAGUAUAAUCAAUUAUAAUCUUUUUUUCACGCAAUUUUAAACUAAAUCUACCAAUUAAAUCGAAGAAAUUGUCUUUAUAUCUUGUAGUAAUGGCAAAUAAUGAGGAUAAUAAAAGCGAAGGUUCGGCUGAAAUCGAGGGAGAGAAUGAAAAUGAUGAAAAUGAAGAAGCGGAAAAGAUUCUUAUCAUAGAUCCUGAUAGCGAUGAAUUAGAUUUCAAUCAUUCGAGACUAACAAAAUUAGAAAAUUUGGAACCAUUGAGGAAGAUACAUAGAUUGUGUUUUACGUGGAAUCUGAUAAAGAAAAUUGAGAACCUUGAUACACUUACAACUUUGGUCGAGUUAGAAUUAAGAGAUAAUCAGAUUGUUGUUAUAGAAAACUUAGAUGCUCUUGUAAAUUUGAAACUUUUAGAUUUAUCUUUUAAUCGUAUUAAAAAGAUAGAAGGAUUGGACAACCUAUUGAAUUUACAAAAGUUAUACCUGUCGUCAAAUAAGAUUCAGUGCAUUGAGAACCUGUCACAUCUAAAGAACCUUACAAUCCUUGAGUUAGGUGAUAACAAAAUAAGAGAAAUAAUUAAUCUUGAAGCACUUGAAAAUUUAACAAGUUUGUUCCUUGGUAAAAAUAAGAUAGCAAAGAUAGAAAAUUUGGACUGUUUACAAAAUCUUCAGUUAUUAAGUCUUCAAAGCAAUCGCAUUAUAGAAAUAGAAAAUUUAGACGAAUUAAAGAAUCUUGAUCAGUUGUAUUUAUCUGAAAAUGGAAUAACAUGCAUCCGAGGAUUAUCAAAUUGUACAAAAGUAACAACUUUUGAUCUAGCAAAUAAUAAAAUAAAAAAGAUUGAAAACAUUGAACAUCUUGAAGAUUUAGAAGAGUUCUGGAUAAACAACAAUGAAAUUGAGGAUUGGACAACUGUAGAAAAUUUAGCAGUUAAUAAGAAAUUACAGACAGUGUAUUUAGAGCAUAAUCCUAUUGCCAAAGAUCCAAAUUACAGAAGGAAAAUUAAACUGUUGCUGCCAUGGCUUGUCCAAUUAGAUGCAACACUUUGCAGAUAGACAAUAUUGUUCUGCAAAGUAGACCUCUUUGAUAACUCUUUGAAACUGUACCUAUUGAUACUGUUGCCUAUCUCCUUCUAGUAUUACUUUAAAAAAUUAUGUAUGUACAAUUCUAUCAAUGAGAAGUAUGAAAUAAUUAUGUCUUUUUAACUAGAAAUGCAUUCCUUUUUUUACGUUUUAUUAGCAAUUUUGUUGAUAUCACAUUGUUAAACGACUGAAAUUUGUCAUUGCUUUCGACAAGAAAAUAAUAUAAAUGCUCAAGGAUAAUUGUUUUCAUAAUUUGUACAAAAGCUUUCGAAGUAGAAAUUUGGGAAUAGUAUCUUCUUUAUACCUUCAUAUGAUUAUACAGUAUAAACAUUUUUCUUAUCUUACUUAAAUUGUGGGUACAUUGACCUGUUCUGUAACAUUUAAUAUUUUGAGGAACUUCUCUAUAUUGUUCUCUUAUUAUUGAGAAAACUUUAUAUAUCUUGAUACAAUAAUUUUUAAAAAUUGUACGGAACUUUAAUUGAAAGAUGUUCAAUAUGUUUAUACGAGAAUAGUAGCACAAGCAAUAGAAGGAAUUAUUGAACAGUAAUUGUGUGAAGACAUUAUUGAAACUAAAUUGUUUUAAAACCACAUACUUCAAUUUCUACUUGUAAUAUAUUCGUAACAGAAUGCUCAAUGUAUUUAUUUCAUAUUUCAAUGUAUUGUAAAGUAUAUGACUAUUGCAGAAUCUUUACUACAUUAGGAAACCAAUUACAUUCUCAUUCGAUUAACUUUUUGCGCGACAUACAGUACAGGGCAAAAAUAAGUGGAUAAGGUAGGGGAAAUAGGUAUCAAUGAUGUUUCAUUUCAUACGGAUUGUUUGCACAGAAAUGUAAACGUUAAUUUCAAUUAUUUACCAAAUAAUGUACUUCGAUUAAACCUCAUUGAUAAUUCUACCAUCUGUCCGUAUACCCUUUCAUUUAAUAACAUAACAUCGUGUACUGUAAUUUUAUGCUUAUUGAUAUAUACAUGUGAAAUAUAUUGAGAUUAUGUAAAUAUGUA